AAAAAAAAAAUGGCAAGCGCAAAUCCAGAAACCGCCAAACCCACGCCUGCAUCGGUGGACAUGGCUAACCCAGAGGAGCUUAAGAAAGUCUUCGACCAGUUCGAUUCCAACGGCGACGGCAAGAUCUCGGUGCUCGAACUCGGCGGCGUGUUUAAGGCCAUGGGGACUUCCUACACGGAGACGGAGCUCAACCGCGUUUUGGAGGAAGUCGACACAGAUCGCGACGGUUUCAUCAACCUGGACGAGUUCUCUACACUCUGCCGCUCGUCUUCCUCCGCCGCGGAGAUCCGUGACGCCUUCGAUCUAUACGAUCAGGACAAAAACGGACUGAUCUCCGCCGCUGAGCUUCAUCAGGUUCUUAACCGCCUUGGGAUGUCUUGCUCUGUCGAAGACUGUACUCGUAUGAUCGGACCUGUGGAUGCUGACGGCGACGGGAAUGUCAAUUUCGAAGAGUUUCAGAAGAUGAUGACCUCUUCCUCCCUCAUCAACAACGGAUCUGCUAAUGGAGGUUCGGCUUAGGGUUUUUUGUUUUUGUUUUUCUUUUUAUAUCGAUCUGGAUUCUCUGAGAAAUGGAAUUUCAAAUUGGGAACAAUAAUAAUAGGUACUCGUUUAAAAAAAAAUGUGAUAAAUCAUCAUCAAUCUAACUUCAAUAUGAGUUUGUUUCAUACUUUAGAUGGUGGAGAUUUUAUUUUUAAGUAGAUCUGCUGCAUAUUCUGGAUAUAUCAUCGUUGCUCUCUCUCUUUGUUCAAGCAAAUCUGGUUUCUAAAUUCA